GUCAGCAGGACAACUCCCCUGGGUGUGAGCCCCACUGCAGGGACUGUCAGAGUGCAGGAGCUGGACGCCUGGUGCAAGAGUCACGUGGCCCCACCUCCUCUCCAGACCCUGACCUGGUCAUCCUCAGGGGCCGCAUGCUGGGCAGGGCCUCUGUCCGUGCCCAGCGGGUGCCAGGGCCUCCAGCCAGAACUCCUUCCUGGUGCAGCAUCCCAGGACACCCCCUGGGAAGAAGACCCCUGCGUGUGACCACCGUGGGGUCCAGGUGCUGCACUGGAGCUGCCCCCGCGCUGCGCUGUGCAAGGUCCACUCGGACUGCCGCCUGCGCGCACAUCCCUGUCCCAGGACCCUGCUGCCGGCCUCUCUCCAGCAGAGUCCCUUCGUGGAGCUUCCUGCCGCGGGCCGGCACAGCGAAGCCUGUACCCGGAUGUCCCCGCUGGCCCUGCAGGAGCUGAUGCAGGCGGCUGAGGAGCCCCUUCCGUGCGCCCGGUGCGGAAAGCGCUUGAGCCCCAACGAGCAGCAGCGGAUGGACGAGGGCCCCCGGAUGUGUCCUAGGUGCGACCAGGCCUUGGGUCCUCUCCCCCGUGAGCCCGGCCGCCCGGUUCAGCAGCUGUACGCCAGCGUCGAGUGCGGCAAGGCCUUCACGUGCACCUCAAGACUGCUGCAGCCUGAGGGCAUCCACACGGGUGAGCGGCCCUAGUGCACCGACUGCGGCCAGGCCUUCGUGCGCUGCUCCGGCCUCCAGGGCCACCAGAAGACGCACUCGGCCGAGCACCGCAACUGCGCCACGGCCCUGGCUCCGCGGGCCUUCCGGCCGAGGUGCUCGCCGCGCGGGGAGAAGCCCCAUGAGUGCGCCGAGCGUACCAAGGCAUUCGGCCUGCUCUCGCACCUGGCGGAGCACCGGUGGCGUGUGCACACCGGCGAGAAGCCCUACGCCUGCUCAGAGUGCAGCCAAGCCUUCAACCAGCGCUCGAACCUGAGCCGGCACUGGCGCACGCACAGCAGCGCCAGGCCCUACGUGUGCCGGCUGUGCAACAAGGCCUUCAAGGGCCGCUCCGGCCUGGUGCAGCACCGGCUUGCACACACCGGUGACCAGACCUACGGCUGUCCCAAGUGCGGGAAGACCUCCCGGGGUUGCUCCGAGCUGCACCAGCACGAGCGCCUGCACUCGGGGGAGAAGCCCUGCAUCUGCGCGGACUGCGGCCAGGCCUUCGUGCGCAACUGCAGCCUCCCGCGCCCAGCGCGCGCACACACCGGCGAGCAGCCCUAUGCGUGCGGCCGCUGCGGCCGCGCCUUCAGCCAGCGAUCCAACCUCCACGAGCACCAGCAGCAGCCCGCGGGCGGCGCGUUAAACCUCGCCUCGCGCACACGGCGUCCACAGGCGUCCCCCACCUGAAGCUUCCUAGGGGGCUUCAGUAGCCCUCGGUCGCCUUGGGGGUGUCUGCACACCCUCUGGCGUAGCUGGGCCCCCCCUCCUCUCUUAGAUCUGGCGAGGCCUCCGCCUCUGACCUCCCUGGCCUCGGGAGUGGGCCCCUGCGCAUCUCGUGCACCUACCCGAGGCUGCUGGCCGGGGGCUUCUGGGGCUGGGACUCUGCCUGCCCACCGCCUGGCGGUUCAGUGGUCGCUGUGGAGAGGGCUCUGUUGGGGGAGGGGCGGGAUUCCCUGGCAACUUUGGGCUGGUCUGUGAUUGGCAGGUGGGGAUGUCACGUUACAUCAAAGCCAGGUGGUCCUUCCCACCCCGAGCGCUCGUCCCCUCCUGUCCGGACGCCAGGAUGGACUACGUCUCCCAGAAGCCCCUGCGGCGUGGGCGCAAUCAAGGAGGGAGACUUGAAGGUGUGGCUACACCUGCCCGAGGCCACCACUUAGGUGGAGUCCAGCCGAGACCUGGAGCAGCAUGUUUCUUUCCUAGCUUUAUUGAUUGUUGCUAUAGCUGAGACUCCUGAGGCCACAUCUGCCCUUUGUCCCGACCCCCUGGAGCCCUGCUUUCCUGGAAAUACGAAUGAGC